AUGAACAGCGAGGAAUUUCUGCACAAGUGUUUUGCGUGGUCAGAUCGUGACAACAAAGGGUUCUUGUCUGCGCAUGAUCUUAAAUGUGCCGUGGCAGCGGCUCUAGGAGUUCGACCGUCUAAACUCAGAUUUUUCGGAACCAGACUGGUCAGUACGGAUUUACUAGAGGAUGUUAGGCGAAUUUUUAAGGCGCUCGACAUAAGAGCUCAAGGGUUUAUUUCGCUGCGCAGCUUUCAGCAGGCGUGCGAGAUGGCCCUACCUCUUGGUAAGCAUGAAACGUUACUAUGCGCUUUCCAUGAAGCAGAUCGCGAUGGUGAUGGACGGGUGACGUAUCAAGACUUUGAGCGGAUGUGUCUUCUCGCUGUGCAGAUUACCGAAAUGUCAAAACCCACUAUUCUAUAG